AUGGACGGUACGAUGAUACCAGCUGUCGUCCCAGCUGAGUUGCACGAGGCAUAUCGAAAUCGGUUGGGUAGAGUUGCCCAAAAUGUGUUAGCAAUAGUUGAUUUCGAUAUGAAGUUUAUAUUUGUUUACACUGGAUGGGAGGGAUCCGCGCAUGAUGCACGUGUGUUCCACCAUGCUGCCAGUGAUCCAGAAGCCCGUUUUCCAUGGCCACCAGAAGGUCAGUAUUAUCUUGUGGAUUCAGCUUAUCCAUGCACUAUGGGAUUGUUGCCCCCCUAUCCAAGAGAACGUUAUCACCGGAGUGAUCGUCACAAUGACAGAGGUUUUCAUGGGUAUAAAGAUUAUUUUAAUUAUCAUCACUCAACAGUUCGUAAUAUUGUAGAAAGAACAUUUGGUGUUAUAAAAGAACGAUUCCACAUUCUCUCCAACAUGCCUCCAUAUUCAGUUGGGAGGCAAGGACUUAUUAUUACAGCGUGCUGUACACUGCACAACUAUAUUAGAACGGUCACCCCCGAUGACUGGAUAUUUCAGACGUGGAGUACGAUGCGUCUACCAGUUAUUGAGCCUGCGGUUGGUGACGGGGGAUCCUCACCUAGUCAUAUGGACUUGUCAACUGAGGCCCAAAACAAUAUGAGUGCAAUUAGAGAUGAUAUUGCCAUUGCUAUGUGGGAAGCAAGGGGUGGCCAUUGA